GAAUGAACAUCCAUUGAGUGCGAAAGUGUCAUUCUGCAUUUGUAUUUUUUACAAAAAAAUACAAUUAAAACCUUAUUAAAUUUGUUUAUUAGACAUGAUUCGACCGUAUUAAUUACUUACAACAGUAAGUAGCAAAGAAUUUUUAGGUUAAGUUAUUGUUUUAUAAACAAAAAUGUCAGAACAGGGCCAGUUGAGUAACAAUAGUGCCAAUUCUGAAGAAGGGGAUGCCGCAGGAGUCCCUGGGGGUAAACCCCAGGCUCCCAGUCAGACACAAAAUGCAGCCCCAACUAAUAAACAACCAGCGUCGAGACAGACGAAUUUGCAAAGAAUACAACAGAAGAAACAGGCCGUUUUGGCCUUCCCGUACAAUAAAAAGUUGCUGAAACUUGCCAUUUAUUCAAAAUGCCAGAGCGAGAACUGCAUUUGCACCGGUUGGAAAAAGACCGACCCCAACAUGCAAGAGCCCACUUUUACCGACCCCUGUCGUUGCGAGCACCCUUUAGAAAUGCACAUUUCCCACUUACGCAGUAAAACUGAGGACGAGUUAAAUCGUCUCCUGCGUAUGGUUGUGGACAUUGACAAUAUGGGUACGGCAAUGAGUCGUGAAGAAAACAUUGAAACAAAAAAAGUUUACACGUACUUAUUCCACUUGUUGCGUAAAUGCAUCCUAACUCUUGACACUCCCGUCGUUGAGAGUUCGCUCGGACAGCCCCCAUUUGAAAAACCGUGCAUUCACAAAGCGAUCACAAAUUUGCUAGUUUACAAAUUCUCACAUUUGGCCCAACAAGAGUGGAAGACGAUGUAUGAAGUGGCUAGGAUUCUCCUCCACUGUUUGAACACGUGGGAGUUUCCGAGUCCGAGCAGCCAGAAGCAUAUUGUAAGUCCGGAGGAAGCCACAGUUUAUAAAAUGGAACAUAUGCGUUGGUUGGUGUUUUGCAACGUUCCAACAUUUUGCGACUCGUUGAAACAUUACGAUACGACAAUGGUGUUUGGGAGGACGCUUCUAAGGGCUGUUUUCAAAUACAUGAGGAAGCAAAUCAUGGAUCAGUUUAAUCGAGAGCGGGACAAAAUGCCCCAAGAACGUCGCGUUAUGCUCCUCACACAUUUUCCCCCGUUUCUGAACACGUUGGAUGAAGAGAUUUACGCGCAGGAUUCCCCGAUUUGGGAUCCUGAUUUUAAACAAGGACCGCCGCAACAUUUCCAGAAUUUAUUCGAAGCGGGGAAAAACAAAACGAAUGCCAAGCGAGGAGCGAGCGAUUUGGACGCGAAAGCGGGCAAAACUGGGGAUGUACCGAGUCGAGAGACGAAACGUAGGAGGGCACAGGAUGAACAGUUUGAGGAUAUUCCGAUGGAGACGGUUGCACAAAUUAUUGCAACAAUUGAUGAUCCGAAUUACAUGACCGGACCUGAUCUGAUUUUCUCCGAGAAUGCGCCCGCCACAGACGAAGCGCCCAAACUUUUAGAAAAACGCAAAGUGAUUGAAAUGCACGUCAUUGGUAACAGUUUGACCGAAACGGUCUCGAAACAGACCAUGUUGUGGUUCAUUGGUCUACAAAACGUCUUUUCGCUUCAAUUGCCCCGAAUGCCGAUCGAAUACAUCACCCAAUUGUUAUUCGAUCCAAAACACCGCACCAUUGCCCUAAUUAAAGAAAACCGUCCAAUCGGCGGUAUUUGUUUCCGCCCGUUUGAAACUCAAGGUUUCACAGAGAUUGUUUUUUGCGCGGUCACUUUCAGCGAACAGAUCAAAGGUUACGGAACGCAUUUAAUGAACCAUUUGAAAGACUACCACAUUCGUAAAGGCAUUCUCCACUUUCUGACUUUCGCAGACGAGAACGCGAUUGGUUAUUUCGAACGUCAGGGAUUUUCGAAAGAUAUUAAAUUAAACCGGUCGAUUUAUCAAGGCUAUAUUAAGGACUAUGAAGGCGCCACUCUCAUGCAUUGCGAACUGAACCCCAAAAUAAUCUACACCGAGUUCACUUCAGUCGUUCGGAGGCAAAAAAAGUUCGUCAAACAGUUGAUUUAUCAGCAGCAAAGGAACGUAUCAAAGGUUCACCCCGGUCUGACUUUCUUCAAAGAGGGGGUGAAGAGCAUCCCCAUUGAGUCCAUUCCGGGGCUGCAGGAGACAGGCUGGAAACCGGCAGCGAGGGCCACCAGAGGGGCGCAACAACUGGAGGAGUCUCAAGAUAUUGACGUGUUGGCUGAUAUGCUCAAAAGUGUGCUUCAAGCGGUGAAAAGUCACGAAGAUUCUUGGCCGUUUCGACUGCCAGUUGAUAAAAACGACGUUCCGGAUUAUUACGACCACAUCAAGUAUCCCAUGGAUUUGAAAACAAUGGCCGAUCGCUUGAAGUCACGGUAUUACGUUUCAAGGCGUUUGUUUAUCGCUGAUAUGAUGCGGAUUUUCCGCAAUUGUAAAAUUUAUAAUUCGCCUGAGACAGAGUAUUACCAGUGUGCUGUGAACUUGCAGCAGUAUUUCCAGACCAAGAUGAAGGAAGUCGGUUUGUGGGACAAAUAAUUUAAGAGAAAACCAAUAUAUUUAGUGUUUUAUACAUUACAUAAUAAAACGAGUAUGAAUUAUAAUAAUAAUAAUAAAAAUGACUAGUAAACUUGA